AUUCUUUUGUUAAAUAUAUAUAGGUAGAGGUAGUAUAAGGGGUAUCCAUGCAACACUUAGAUCUAUAGAAUUCAAGAAUAGAAGUAAGAUAAAAAUAAUCGAAGAUGGGUCUGGAGAUUGUCGAGGAGGAGUUGAGUGCUGCAUUGCCACUGCCAUUGAUGUCAUUGAAUCAUGUUUCAUUCGUGUGCAGGUCAGUUGGCCGGUCGGUGAAGUUCUAUGAGGAGGUCUUAGGGUUCGUGAGCAUUAAGCGACCUGCUUCCUUUAACUUCCAUGGUGCUUGGUUGUUUAACUAUGGAGUUGGCAUCCAUUUACUGCAAUGCAACUCUCCAGAUGAUGUCCCCAAGAAGAAGGGCGUUAUAAACCCCAAGGACAACCACAUCUCCUUUCAAUGUUCAGACAUUAAUCUUCUGAAGCACAAACUAGAAGAGAUGGGCAUUGAGUACGUGACUGCGGUUGUCGAGGACAGUGGUAUUCAGGUUGAUCAGCUCUUCUUCCAUGACCCGGAUGGUUAUAUGGUGGAGAUUUGCAACUGCGAAAACCUCCCUGUUCUUCCACUCUCCUCAUGCCCACUGAAGUUCCCAUAUCCAAAGGAUCCUAUCCUAUCUUCUCUUUAUGGCAAGGGCCUUCCAAAGUUCCAAUGCAGGCCUUGUGGAGCUGAAGCAGAGUGUGUGAUCAUGGAAAACUUGGUCACUGAUAUGAUGGAUAUUUCCUUCUAGCAUUUGGUUUCACUGUCAAGGGAAUGGAGAAGAGAUUUUGGAUUCAGUUGUGUACAGAGUAUCAACCUCUAUUGAGUUUGUGUCUCGUGUCUCAAAGGUGUCUUCUGAGUUGGUGGUUGAACUGUAAACCUUCUUUAUAAAGUUAUUUACAGUACUAAAGAAGGGGGUCAUUUAUUCCAUCAGAAAAGGGGGUCAUUUGUCACCAAUAAAGAACCAUGAAAAAGGUAAAAAUAGAGCAAGUGAUAAGCUUGGGUAGUAUUGGUUUAAGCAACUACUAUCUUGUAAUUUCUGCAAUAAAUUUGAGAUGUCUCUUCUCCUCUUUUCUUCUA